CAGAAUAUCUGUGGAGAUGAUAUAGGUUCCCUUCAUAAUGAAGACUUUGGAGCUGGAAGUACGGGCCACAACCAGUAUCAAAGGAAAGAGGCCAUGGCCAAGGAUUGUGUGGGUUGGGAAGGAACCAGAAAAUCUAUUUCUACUGGAUGCUGGGCGAAUUAGUGUGCUGUAUGUUUCAUCUGGUCAGACCAAGCGUAAAAUUUCUAGACUGUCUCCAUUGGUGAAAAGUACAGCCUACAACUCUUGCACAAAAAAUGGGUUGUUUGUAGUUGGCUUGCUUGAAUCGGGAAAUGUUUUCUUGUGGCACAAAGAUCAGGACUUUCUCAAGAUGGUGACUGGGUUGUCAAACAUUGCACCCACUGAAAACAUUCGUCCAGGCAACAGCAGACUGUUUGUCUCUGAUGACUGCUUAAAGAUUCUCGUUAUCUUGAACAACAGUCUCUUCUACCUGUGGCAGAUGGAUGCUCAAGAAAGUAUCAAUAACCCCAGAGAUUCUGCUCUUUAUGGAAGAUGGAUGCAAAUAAAUGUUCCUGACAAAAUUCCAAUUCCUUCUUCUGACUGUUCGGAAGCAACUUUGAGUGCUUUGUUCUAUUCAAGUCAGGUGCUUGGAGAUUGCUGUCAGUGUUCUGUGGUCUUCAACGACAACAACAAAUUCUGUGUGAGCACACUACACCUGCGCUUCUCUGAGCUUCAACACAUCAAUAACGACAGUGUCCUCACUGUCCAGUGGUCUAGUAAUCAGUAUCCCAUGCAGACUAUUAAUGCUGACUGUGAGCCAAUUAGAGCGAAGGGUUCAUAUGUUGUGUCCUACUCUCAGGAUGGUCAGGUGCUCGCUGUAGCAGCCAAUCAGAGACGACCUGUGAACACAUGCAUGCUGUUCCUCUCGCCACUCACGGAGACGUUUCAUGUGUCGGACAUGAGGGGCUGUGGAGUCGCCAAUCCUGGAAACAAGUCCGGAAGAUGGUACUGGGUGUGUGAUAUGUCGUGGACCUAUGACAGCCUGUUUCUGGCUUGUAUCCUGAACAACGGAUCUGUCUGUCUGCUGUCCAGACUGGGAGAACCUCUCGCGAUUCACACAUCUGGCUAUAAUAUCGAUAUGGGACCCUCUCGCUUUCUGCCACUGCAUCCCAUCAUUUUAAUACAACAAGAUCAACACGCUGAUAUUGAACCACAGGAGUCUGUUGAAGAUCCCUUCAGACAGAUGGUAUCUGUGUCUGCCCAUCCUUCAUUGCCAGUCUUUCUCUUCUCUGACGGAUACACAGUCACCGUGGUUCAGUUGCCACACGAUAUUAACUGCCUGACCUUCAUGCGGGACCUUGUUAUCGACUCGACAAAACAUCUAAACCACAUCAGGGAGAGCAACAGUUUAAACAUGUCUCUGGCCAAUGCAUACAAUGUUCCUUCAGACAGAACAAAUCACCAUUCUGCAGCUAGAAAGAAAGACUCUGGAAAAGACGGACAUCUUCCGAGUAAGUCUCGGUAUAUGUUUGAGGAGCCAGAUGCCUUGAUGAAUGAAACUCAGGACAGUGAGGUCAGUUUUGCCCUUGAAAGUAAUGCUGGGUUUCCUCAGAUACAGAAUCUCAGCUCGGGGAAGAUCAUGUUUGGCGAACCAGAGAUGAUACUUGCAACCUGCGAUGCUUCAUUUCUCAGCAUGCAGGAACAGGAGGCCAUCAUGGAACAUCUGAAGCAUGCAAAACUUUCCCUCUUUACAUCUUGGAAACUUUCAGCUUCGUGUAGUGAACCUUGGACUGAAGGUCUCGAUAAAAUGGCAAAACAGACCAUCAGCAACAUUGUUAAAAUGUUCACACUGAUAUUGGAUUGUUCUGAAGUGAACAGUCUUGUGCAGACUACGACCAGGGUUAAGAAUCCGGGUCUGUUUCAGGUGGUGACUGUCUACAGAAAGAUGCUGGAGGUGCUGCAGUUUGACAUAUUCCAACAACAUCUGAUUCCCGUCGCUCUGCAACUAGCUAACAGCAUCGUGCACCUCAUCAUGAACAGUCCAGGACUGGCCCAGCUGGAGCCCAGGUUAAAUACACUAAAUGGCUGCUUUGAUAUUCUGAAAUUCACAGAGAGAAAACUAAAUCAGAAUUAUGUCUGGUUUCCUAAAUCAGUCUCAUCAAAACUAGAUUCACCACAGAGGCAUUUGUAUCCACAAGAUCAAUUUGAGCCUGCAGUUGCUCAGACUCCACAAGUUGAUCACAGCAAAUCUGUUGCCCUGCUCAGCAGUCAACUUAUUUCAAAACGGCUUGCGGCAAUAUGGUCGUCACUGUACGAGAACUUGAUCGCGUUCCAGUCAAGCCAGUGUAAAACCGAGGAAGAAUACCGCCGUUCCCAGAAUCUGAUGUGUGCGAUACAAGAGACCCUGCAGCUCAGCGAGACCCCCAUACCACAGCAUGUCUCAGACAAAGUUAACCCAGGAGAUAAACACAGUGUUGAUGGACAUCAUACCCAGGCUCUCAAUGCUUGGAAAGAGCAGCUGAAGGAAUUUGCAGCUGAAGAGAAUCAUCCAAAGGCUGCAAAGCUGAUGCACUCUCUACUGUACACACACCUUAUUCAGGGAGAACUCCUCACUGCUGUGGACUUUGUCGACCACCUCAUUCUGAGAGCCAACGUUCCAGCCAGUGUUGAUGUAGAUCAUCUGUCUCUGAUCACGUCCCUGGAGUCACGACUUCCACUGAUGACUCUUGUUACUGACACGCUGAAACCACUGGCAUUUGAAAGUCCAGACAUGGUUCCCUGCAUCCAAGAUAGGAGCAUUCGGCAAGUUGUUCAGACAAUGGCCAGGUUUAUGGCAGCCUAUUUCAGUAACAAGGCCGUUUACGUUUUCCCACCGCACAAUCCUCAACCUCUCCCAGCCAUUCACUGGGACACAGCCAUAGUCAACAAGCGGAUUAUUCUCCAGUACCAUGAGGACAUCAGCAGACUGAUCCGACAGAACAACCUGAGUGCUGUCUGGAACGUCCAGCGCACUCUGGAGUAUCUGUUGCUCAGUGGCCUGGUGUGUGAAGCCACGUGGUUUGCAGACACCUUGGGAGACUGGAAAGCAUCUUUCCUCAUGGCAGUAGCUUGUACACAUCACAGAGCUAUUGCCCCCACGGUUUACAACAAACCAAGAAAACCACUGCUGCUUCCUGAAUUCUUGUCGCCAAGCAACAUUCUACAGAGAAAGUUAAAGCUCUUGAUUAAUCAUGGCAACAAAGAUGCUCAAUUUGACUCAAAGACUUUAACACAAGACACGAUCAUAGUUGAUAACACAACGGACCUACAUCAGUUGACCCAGACUCUGGAGGACAUCAUGACAACAGCCGUUGUCAGCAGGGUGGACAUCGUACCCUGGCUGUUCACUGAGUUGGUAGACAGUCUCAGAACGCUGGUUUCAAACUUCCAGACCAUUGUUCCUCAAGACUUCUACCUGCCAGCACCACCGCUCUACUGUCCACAGCCCACAGACCAGUCUGCGGCAGAGAAAAGGGAGAUAAUGCUAAGAAGAAGAGCUGCCUCCAUCAUUCAGUUGAUUCUGGCUGUUCUUAAAGCCAGCCAUCUGUCACUGUCGGUGAUUAGCUGGUAUGUGAACGCACUGAACAACAUCCAGGAGAAGGCGUGUAGCUUUAAGGCAAAUACAGAAGGCCCGUGUUGUGAGUUACCCGAGAUGCUAGAACAGUUCUUGUCAGUGCAAACACCACUGUCGUUACAUGACAACUCCAAAUCAGUGCAGACUGUAUUGCAAGGUUUCCGAGAUUUCUGCACCAUCAUGUGGAUGAUACAUUCACGUGACAUGCUGUCUCAAAACCUCCGGAAUAGGGAGAAGUACCUUGAAAAGAUCAGUUAUCAAGAUUAUACAAAGACUGACUGGGAGCGGACUGAGCAUGAGAAGUGGAUGAAGGAAUGCUUCACCAACCUGCAGUGGGCCGUCAACCUUCUGGCCUUCAGCCGAUUCCUGCCAGAUGAAGGGAGCAUAUACAAGAUCGUCUUGUCACUUCUUAUGGAGUUGCCUCAGCGGGAAGAUGUUGCAGACAUCCUUGCUGAAUUUUUUUACGACAUGGAAAACCUGGAUGCAGAGGUUCAGGAGAAACUGGAUAAGAUUCUCUUUGACUGGCAGAUGGUUAUUGUCAAACCUGAGGAUGACGGCAAAUCGGCUAAAGAAUGUGCCGAAGAUGAUGCUAAUGAUGGACGUAAAUCGGUCACAUUCUUCGAUGCUUCUCCGAGAGGGAAAUCACUGUCUGUGUAUUUUCACAAACAGAGUCAAAUUAUGGGCAAAGUUUUGAAGAAGAAAAGCAAAUGUUUUGGCAGUUACAGUGAAUUUGUCUUCGAUCCAAGUGAUAAUCAUUCUCAGAGCAAACUGAACAUCGGUUCCAGACCAUUUGAGACAAGACUUUUUUAUUUUGAGUUUCUCGACACCUUUGCUUCAGUAUGUUUUGCACGUUUGCUUGAAAAUGAACCACAGCAACUAAGUGUUAAAAAUUAUCCACUGUUGGCUCCUUGGGUUGAUGAGAUUUCUUCACUUCAGUUGUCUGCAUUUGCAGAAAAAUCUUCUGGCAGUGCGGAGAAGAAGCAUUCACUUGUUGUGCUGAAAUCAUCCCAGGACAGGACACACAAUGUACAAAGGAGAGAGGACAUCCAGAACCUCCGCAAAGAAUGUCCGAGACAUCUGUUUGCAGAUCAUUCCAAAGAGGACCUGAUGAAAGCCGAGGGAUUGUUUCGUAGUAGAAGUGUUACAAAUAUCGCCGGUGAGAAUAGCUCUGAUGACCUGGUGGAUUAUGUCAGUGUCAGUGAGAGAAAUCGAGUGAAGGGCAGUCAGCAGAAUUUGAGCGAGCUUGCAGCACGGUUCUCUCACUCUGAAGAGGCUCUGUACAAACAACCAGAACAUCCGGAACACCAUGGGUGGAGUUUGAACGUCAACUUUGGAAGGAAGUACAUGCCCUUGGCAAAACGUCUCGAGUGGCUGGAGGCUUGGAAUAAAAAACUUCACUCUCUGGGAAUGGGAUCCAGAGAGCAGAAGUUUGAGUUCAGGCCAAGGAUUAAGAUCUCCAUUCCCGCUCAACUGAUUCUCCUGUCUGUGUGGCUGUUAGAACACAAGUACAACCCAAACAGGUUGAUGCCAGUCUGUCCGCCACAUCCGAACCCACUGGACAACAGAUUGCAGAAGAAAAGAAUUAAACACAUUGACCGCACAAAAACUGGCAGUCCAAAUGAUUCAUUGAGAUCUCGGUCAUCCAUUUCCAAACAAAGGCAGACGCCAUUGAGAUCAUCCCUGCAGAGGUCAAGGAGCCUUUCUCCUCAACAGAGUAGCAAAGGUGGCAGUCCAGACAGUGGUUCAGUGCUGAACAGAUCCGAUUUACUCGAAGAACAAAGUGUGCAGACAGCUUAUAAACAGCUGCUGAAUGGGCCUGAAGAUAGUAGUUCUCUUGAAGUGAGUUCUUUGGACACUGAAGAUUUAAAUGCAGAGCUUCGUGCUACCUACCAAUCCUUAAAAAGAACUGGAAGCCCCAACAGACAGGAAAGUAUCUCUCAGUCCAUGUUAAGACGUACACUUUUACAACAUGGAGAAUCUCCUGACAGACGACACGGCUCCAGACUGUUUUCUAGCAGGUCUCCAGUAGAUAAACUUAGAAAAUCGUCAUCACUGAAAGGAAGCUUGAAUCAUCAAGCUUCUUUGAGUGCACAUCGCUCUCAGAGUCGAUCUCCAAGUCCUCACACAGGGCGCAAUCCAUCAAGUCCUCGCCACUCUCCAAGUAGAUCUCCAAGUCCUCACACAGGACGCAGUCCAUCAAGUCCGCACCGAGGUCGAUCACAGCUGACCACAGCACAACAAGUGUCUGGUACGGGUGACUUAGCUCAUCAGCUUCAGAACAUAGUGAGGACUGAGAUGAGAAGAAUAAUGGAGGUUCAGCAUAAAAGUCUGAUGGCAAUGAUGGGAGCCAUUGAUGAUCCAGACCAAGAGACAUCAAUAGGAAGUCGGACAGGAAUAAAGGACGGGGACAAAACUUUACACGUGGAAGAGUUACACUCAUCUAGAUCGAGAGGUGCAGGGAGAGGCAGCCAGGUUAGAGGAAUCCUGAAAGAAUUGAAAAAUCUUCAACAGAGAGUUGAUGAACCUCACCAAUUCCAGUCACUUCAGGAUUUAUCUCACAGGGGCAGAAAUGCAUAUCUUCAAAACAAGGAAAAUCUUUCAUCAUUACCACUUGAUAUCUCAGCUUUGAGAGGAAGUGAAAGAUAUCCAAAUGUUUAUCCUGCAUUUAGCCAGGAGAGAGACAUUCCUCUGUAUGAACCUGAUCGCAUUCCAAAGUUUCUACGAAUUCCAGCAGAGAAAGACACCAGCAGUGAGGAUCUGCAUUUACCAAGAGUUCCACUUCAGGCUUGGUCAGAGGACAGCAUGCCUCCAGCUUAUGGGUCUAGCUUCACUAAGAUGCCUCUGUUGAGACUGGAUGGAGGAUACCCACACAGCAAUCUGUUCCACAGUUUCCACAAUCCAGCAGAAGAACAUUUCCCGCUAUUUCCAGCACCACAAGAGUCUGUGCUUACUCAUCAACGUCCGGCUGGUGAUGUGCCGCUAGUUCCUAUGCCAUCACAUCCAAUACCAUCUGGGCCAUUUGGGAUCCCACUGUUAAGAAUUUCAAGACCAGAUACACAGUUUAUGAAUGUUAUUCAACCCUCGUUUGGACGCUUUGUUGAUCCUAGUGCUGUUUUGGCUCAUGAAGAAGAAAUUCACAAGCAAGAGAUGGAAAAGCAAAAGCAUUUACAAGAUUUUCACAAACAUCUUGUACAUGAUCACACCGAACUGGAUGCUCAGCGGUUCGGGGAACAACUUCUGAGGGUGGAUCUCAAGACCCAGAAAGUCAGGGAAGAUUAUGAGGAAAAAAGAAGUCGAUCUCAAUCUCCGAGAAGAACACAAAGAAUGUCUCCAACACGAUCACAGACGCCUCAAAGUCCUCAGAUAAGUUCAGUACACGAAGAAGAAGAAAGUCAGGAGUAUGAAACCGAAAAAGAACAAGAAGAAAAUGAGUAUGAAGAAUCAGCUGAAACAGCAAAUGAAAAACUAAAUGAUGGAUACGCAAUGAGACCUGGAGCAUUUGAAGCCUACUUAGAGUUGGGUAAAGAACUGGGGAUUAAUGAUGACACCGACGCCAAGUUCCAGUACCAGCUGGCUAUGAAGCUGAAACAGCAGCAGAAAAGAAGACGGAAGAAGGUGGACUUUUCCACGAUGACACAAGAGCUGAUUGACAGUAGUAUGGCAACGGACCCAGCUAUGGAAGUUGUGAGGACAGCAGAGGCUGCCACCUCUAUUACUAAAGAUACAGGUACAGACCCGAUUCAGGAAGCGCUGAUAGAGUACAACCGGACACGCCAAGGGGGGGUCCUCCCACCAGACAUCUUCUUGGGACUCAAGUUUGGAGACCAGCCAGAAGAACAGGGAAUGGAGGUCAAGGAAAAGGGUCGUGGAAGGUCGUAUCUUAAUGUUGUUGACAUUCGUGCAUCAACUGUACUGAAAGAUAUUGCAGAAAAACCAAGUGAAGAUACCAUCCAAGCUGAUGCUACACUGAAAGGAACAUCACUUACACUUUCUCAGGCUAGAAAAGCUAGAGAAGACAUGGAUGUCUUUGAAGAGAGCCUGAGAACCGAGCUGGAGCCGAGGAGACGUCCGACAUACGAUUCAGUGACAGUGAGGAUGUUUGAAACACACGCACGCGGACGGGAGACUGGGGUUUCUGUUGCCGUUAUGCCACGUGAAGUAUGUCGGGAAUCGAAAAUGGCGAUGAUCAAACGUCUCUGUGAAAUGAAUCAUCAAAUGGAGGCCAUCGACAGAAUGUCACAGAACAUUGAAUCAGAUUUCCAAAACACUAAGCUGCUUGUGAAUACCAUUGAGAGAAUUGGAGAAGCCAUAGAUCCACAAGUUCGGAGCACAGAAAUGCAAGAUGAGGACAUAGAAGCUCAAGAUGUGAUUCCAAGUCCGAAGGUAUCUUCAAGAUCACCAAAGAUAAGGGCUCAAGUUGCUUCAAGAAUGUCCAAGUCUGCAGAAAUAAGUCCUGAGAUAAGUCGCAUAUCAGGGUUGAGUGGAAUUAGCGACAUUAUAGGGGAGAUAAUUGCAGAAGGAGGCAUUGACCUGGAGGAGGCUGGACUUUCCCCAAGGGAGGCAGACAGGCUCGCUAAGCAAGCCAGGAAACAGCCAUCAGAUGACAAUCUGCGAGUGAGUAUGGAGAAACUGAAAAACAUUGUCAGCCAAACUGAGCUUAAAUCAGACAAGCACGACUCCGAGUGGCGUGAGGAGAUUCGUGAGUGGAUGGAGGAGAAACGACAGGAGAGGCAGGAAGCUUACAAGAAACACCGAGCAGACCUGCGUGAACGUGAAGUGAAGCCGUACAAACCUAGCAGAGAGGCAGAGCUGGGUACUCUUGGAAGUGAAGCUCUCCUGGAAACACGCAAAGAUCGUGAAGAAAUGCGCGAGAAACAGAAACGACAAAACAUGAUGCGUCGCAUGCAGGAAGCCGAACUUUUGGUGGGCAGUUUGAUUGUUGAAAAACCGGACCUGCCACCAUCACCACGAAAAGAAACUCUUACAAAGACUUCACCAAAGCUGACACAGAGAUCAGCAUCGGUAAAAAUGUUACCAGUGCAGUCUCGAAGAGCACCCACUGAUGCUGCUGCUCAUAAAAUCUUAAAACCAACUAUUGCCAGAAAGGGACCUACAGUGUCGACCAAACAGAUGGUAGAUAGGACAAGAACUGUUAAGGAUGAUGUCCAGAAGCCGCGGCGAGGCAUUCUGAAGAGGUCCAUCAGUCCAUCAAGAGAACUAGACAUACCUGCUCGUGUGGACAGCAUGGAGGCUGAUCUGACUAUGGGAUCCAGUACAGAGCUGCUUGAUUAUGCUUAUGCUGUGGAACAGAUGGAACGGGAACAGCUGUCGUAUCGAGAACCUCAAAAACAAGUUUCACGUCCAGAACCUGAACAACAGGCAGACAUCAAACCCUAUAAGCCAAAGUCGUUUAAACAGCUUGUGCGAUUGCAAAGGCCUGAGGUCACAAGAAAAGUAGCUGAAUUGAAACCUGAUCGAAUCCCCAUGCCAGGUCCAACCGACUUUGAGCAGAAUAUCAGCCAGAGUAGACAGACAACGGCCCGUGACUCCACUGUGGAAGAAAAGAUGAGGUUGUAUGGAUCCAAGCACAUACCCAGUUCUUCCAAAGUGAUAAAUGUGUCUCCACGCAGAGUGAAAACAUACACAGAACGUCUUCAAGAGAUGAAACCACGACAAAAGUAUUCCACCCCAAUCAUCCCUCAUCAGCACCUCUCGGCAUCAGCUCGGACACCCUCAGUGCGUUCUGUGGCCAGCCGACGUCCGAAAGGCCCACCGCACAAACCACAGACCUAUGUAGAACAGUUACAGAAACUCAAUGCUGGAGCUGUUAAAAAGUUUAAAGGUAGCAAGACAGUUACUAUCCAGCCUCGUACAGUGUUGAAAGCCAGAAAGCCUAUUCACAAACCUAAAACAUAUUCGGAACAGUUACGGGCACUUCAACCACCAAAAGAAUUAUACCGAACAGAAAGAUCUCAGGGUCGAAAGACAGUGCUGCCUCGUGGGCGGGGCACCACCCGGUCUCGCCCUUACAGUGAUCCUUACCGCACAAUGCAGGAGGACAUUGACGAGGGCUGGGAUGUCAAGUCGGAACUCAGUGACUGGACGGUCGAUGAUUACGUCAAAGAGCUGAUAUAUGGUGAUGAUGCUAGCUCCAUGUACUACCCAGUUGGAUCUGUGGACUACCAGAUGUCUGAAGGUGUGUCUGACUACUUCGACUACGUAAUGGGUGAUGACUACACCGCAUCUGUGGACGUUGAUGAAAUUGCAAACAUUGCUGAUGCUGCAUCUAUUGACAGCGGCAGUGUACUCAGCGUUAUUGACUGGGAUGCUGUUGACCAGAUAAUAGCUGAUGUGGAUUAGAUACAUUAGAACAAGGAGUGAUGAAGAUUAGAUACAUUUGAACAAGGUCUUUGGUCCUGCACCUUCGACUUUGAUAAUUUAAGUAUAUAUAAGUGUUGUUCUAAUAGAAGCAUAAGCAUCAUCACCAGAAAGGGUUUUUUUUUGUUUUUUUUAAUGAACUAAUAUAUUUUAUAGCUAAGAUUUGUUUCAAGGUAAUGACUACCCAUCUGACAUGGCCGGGAUCGCUGAAGUGUCAAGGCAGACAACUGUGGGGUAAGAAGAGGAAGAAAAUGGGUUUGUUCCCACCCAGUGAUUUAUCCAGGAUGUUUUGCCAUGGUCCCAUGUCUGAUGGGGUUGGAAAUAUUAGCACAAGUAAUGAUGCAGUACACCACUGUUAAAAUAAUUUGUUACAACAGACAUAUAAAUAUUAUAGACAUUAAAUAUAUUUAUUGGAAAUUUUUAGCAUAGAAAUUGGAAAUUUUCAUUGCUGGUUUCUUUUGGGAAGCAGCCUAUCUUCGGGCCCCUUGAAUCUCCCCAGAUGAAACACCUGAUAAGGUAAUACUAAAAUUGGGGAAUGAUUGUUUAAUUCAGCCAUUCAUUCGUAUACUCGACUUUGAUAGACACCCCAAUAUAUUUUUCAUGCUGGGGUGUCAUUAAAUAUUUAUUCUGUUAAAGUUGGUCCAUAUAUACUGAUAAAAAGAAAUAAGGGAACACAUCGAAUUGUAGACCAAAUUUAAUUCACUACUAGGGUAAUAAUACCAAGUUGUAAUGUGGGAUUGAAUGUCUGUAGUGUUGAAUGAGCUGCCUAUAUGUUUCCAGUCAACUUCUGACAAUAUUAAUUGAUUUUUGAUGCAGUCAUUGUUUCUUGUUGCUAUCUGUGUGCUCCUUUAUUUCUUUCCAUCAGUAUAUAUUGUUGUACAUUGACAAAACACAUCACCCAGGGAUAUAAAACUUCUUGACAAAAACAAGAUACUGGUUGGAUGGAUGUCGUUUAAGAUGAAUUAACUUUAAUGUGGUAUAAAUAUGGCAGGGCUCGUUGAGAUAUAAAUUACCGUAGGUCGGAAGCGUCACCGAUGGCACUUUCCUGCCACUGGUUAAACAUGUCUGCCGUCAGUAAAGCUCCUCAACAAUCGCAAACUGUAUAUACCUAGUGUAUAUCGGGGCUACCUCUGGGUCCACAGAAUUUUUUUCUAAAUUAUCCAUUAAACUUAAAAAAUAGCAGAAACCCAGUUUUAUUUUGUAACAAGAUGUUAAUUAUUAUAUGAAAUUAUUUUGCCGAAUUAAAAUAAAAUUCGGCAAUUGUUUUUUAAAUUCGCAGUUGGCGAAUUUGGCGAGUGCCAGAGCUAGCUUUGUAUUUUAUCUGCUAGUAUUUAACAUUAGUGCUUUUGAAAUGUCGAAAUACAGUUAAAUAACCUUUCAGUGAUGUUGAUUUGCUGCAAAAGUUAUUCUGAGGAAAAAACUGCCAUAGGCAGGCUCAAAAUUGCUGUUAAUGGACUGUUUCACCCAUGACAAUAUUUUAAAAACAUUGCUACAGGUAGCACAUUGUUACGUUCAAGCUUUGGUGUGGUCUUGAAAAUGUGCCCAUUUAGUAGAAUAGAUGUAGAUAAAUAUCUUUACAGACAUUUUAUUUCAUUCAGGUAGACACUUUUGAUGACAAAUGCUAAGUAGUCUUGGGCCAUUUUAUAUAUCAAUCCUAGAGCACGUUGAUGAUGGCAUUUUAAUCUUCUUGUGUCUUACUUGGGUCUAACAUGUGACAUUGAAAAACUUAAUGUUUUAUGAAAUAAUUAUUGGGUGCAAAUAUGGGUUAAACCUUUUUUAAUGUAAAUGUUUUAAUGAUUAACAUUUCUUUGUUGUAGAGUAUUAUUGACAAAUCUAUUAAGUGGAUUUAAAUGAGUAAUUUAUAUAGUAAUUAAAAUAGAAAUUGUGUUGGAAAGUGGCAUUUGUUUAUUGUUAUUGUUACUGACCAGUUUAAAAUUAUGUAUCAUGAUUAAUACAUGUACUGGUAGACGUAUUUGACAAAACUGUUAGGAGGGAGUGUUGUACACAAUUUAUGUGAUUUGCAGCCUAGGAAUAAUUGCUCUUGUCAAAUAUAAAUUUAUCUUUACUUUUUGUAAAAAGUGUUUUCACAAAACAGACUGGAUCUGAUUGUAAAAGCUGAAUAAUAUAGUUUUCAUCUUUUUAAAGUUCAGCUUUUAUUUUUAAAUUACUAUUCCUACAUAGUUUGGUUUUUUUUUUUAAUUCUACUUUGUAAAUCUGAAUGACAAAACCUUAGUACAUGGUCUGGGCCAGAUCUCUGCAUUAUGCAGAGUUGAAUGGCCAUUGGGCAAAAUAGUUGUUGAUUCUAUCAAUCGUUAUCUCAAGUGCUUACUUAUUUCUAAAUCAACCCUAUCUUUAUCUCAUCAACCCACAUGUUUAUCCAUGAAACACAUUCUGCCUCUUCUCAAAUAUAUUUGACUUGUUUCUGAGCCAUCACCAUUUGUUUAGGCCUUACUUUUAAAUAAUAGGUGCUGAUCUCUUGUUAAAUGUUUAUAGGAUAUUAAAUGAGCUUCCAUUUCGUAUUAUGUUUAUGUCCCGAGUGAAAUAAUGUUCAGUUGUCACAAGCUUUAGUGAAUGGCAAUGAAAAUUAUUUCAUGAGGGACAUGAUACGAAAUUGUGGCAAGUUUAAUAUCAUAUUUAUUACCCAUAAUCGAUCUUAACUUGUAUCACUCAACUCGUUUGGUUGACAUUCCUGUAGUUGUAGUGCGUCACUAAGUGUUAUGUCCCAUUUGGCAUUCAAUUCGGAUGUUUCACUUUGAUAUGUACCCAGAUAUUUUUAACCAUGUGGGUAAUAAAAUAUUUUAUGCCUCUUCAUCCAUCCUGUAUGAAGUUUGUGUGUCUCAUCUGGUCCACUGCUUCUGAUUGAUGUCAUGCCAAGAUGUGUAUUUUUACUGAAGGCCAAUAACUUGAGCAGUACUAAAUAUUCAGUCCUUAAAAUGUUUUGGAACUGAAUAUUUAGUCUGUAUAACUAGAGUCCAUGAAAAACAACCAGCUUCGAGGGAUUCUGGAUUACAGAAAGUCCGGUUUUCAGAGGUUUCACUAGAUUAGACUUCAUUUCAUGAUUUCUUAACCAUAUAAUUUCAAUAUUAAAGUCAAAUAUAUAUUUGCUAUGUAUUACAACUGCAUGUAUUUAUUUGAUUUAUAGUUUUAGUUAUAUGUUUUACAAUUACAUGUAUUACAACUUUGACAUAUAUUUUUGGAAGAACUGUGUAAGUAUAUUUUUUAUUGUAUGUUAUUAAUUCAGAACUGACAGUUUAAUUCAAAGCAUUGUAUUUGUUAUCAGAGAUGAAAGUUAAUAUUGGUGGUUGGGUACAGAACUUGGCUUUAGGGUUAGAGAUGCACAAUGGUCUAGAAUGUUGGCCUUUAUUAAAAAAAAACCAUAUUGUAUGUUUUGGAAAGACAGUAUGGAACAUUUUCAACAGACAGUGGAAAACCCGGAAUGAAUGUACAGACAAUUAAAAAUUCAGAAUUUAAGAUAAAUCAGAAAACUGUCAUCUCCGAUUAUAAAUAAUGUUUGUUUUGUUACAGUGAUCAUCAAUUGUUGGCUUUCACAUCCAUCAUUGUGCACAAAGGUGGAGAUAUCAAUGUCUAAUCUGUUCUCUCUUUUUUUUUACAUACCUGAUUGAUAUUGAAUAAUAGAUACACAAGAGAUUGACCUGCACUUGAUAUUUUAAAUCUUAUGAUACCACAUCUCAUUUCACCCCACCCAAAAACAGGUUAAUUUUUAUUCCUCUAUUUUAUGUAAUUUUACUUCAUUUUAAAACAUUUUAUGUCUAUUAAAAAGUGAAAAUAUCUCUGACAUUGUUCAAGUCUGAUGGUGUGAGCCAGUGGAUUGCUUUAAUAUUUGAAUUGUUGCCAUUUUCAAUCAAAUAUGUACUUUUAUAAUUUAGUAUUUUUAAAUGUAAAAAAAAAGGAGAGUAUAGUUAUAUGUAUUUUUAUAAUUUAGUAUUUAUUUUUAAAUGUUAAUAAAGAAGGUGAGUUAUCUGUGAUAUCAUUAUUCAUGGCAUAUACAUAGUUCGUACUAAUAAACUGUUUCAUAUC